AUGAAACAAGAGAUUCAAGAGUACUUCACGGAUCCAGAGGAAUUAAUUAAAAAGUCCUGUGAGGUGUUACAGUUUCAGAGGCAACACAGACGGCGCUUGCUAUCUUAUUUAUUGCAAUCGACAAAGAAAUUUUAUACGGCGAGAUCUGAACUAAAACGCAUGACGGAAUUGUGCCAGAAGCAACACACCAGACUGAAGGAGUAUCAGAAAAUAAUCAGAAAUCUAGAAGCGCAGUUGGGAUCUCAGUCAAGUAACUAUAUCAAAAUUAACUUAAAGCAAGUAUCGCCAUUUAAUAUUCCCAUAUCGCCGGGGAGUAACAUAUCUCCCAGCUUCGUACAAACUACACCCGCAUGCAAACGUAAUGCGAGAAGUACCCCGUUUGCGCUGCAGCAGUAUCAGUCGAACUUGGUCACACCGUCUCGUGUCAGCAAGCAAAGGUCUGCUAAUCUCAGCGUUCAAAGUCAGCGUUCAAAUACAUCGAACAAGAUAUCUUCCACGGUCUUCACACCGCCAACACCUGAAUCGGCAGGGUACUCCAACUUUUUAAAGAAUCUCUAA